AUGAGGUGUAGAAAUAGUUGUAAGAGUAGUUGUAGAAGUAGAAAGCUGAAGUUGAUCGACUGCGAACAGCGACGAAUCGUGCCAGCAUUGCCAACGUACGAUUAUUCUGCACUCAGCUAUGUGUGGGGUACUAGCAGAUCUGGCGAUGAUCGGUGUGUCCAUAACGAACUUCCCACGACCCUGCCACGCACUAUCGAAGAUGCCUUGAAGGCCAGCAAACUGCUAGGUCUUCGAUAUAUUUGGAUCGACAGAUACUGCAUCGACCAAGACAACGAUGUUGAGAAACAAAUCCAGAUACAGCAAAUGGACCUCAUAUAUCAAAAUGCGUUCGUGACUAUAGUCGCUGCAGCAGGCACUGAUCCAUAUUUCGGCUUACCUGGCGUUGGCGCUACCCCGAGAACUCCCCAACCAAGUGCCUGGGUUGGAGGACAAUGCCUUGUAUCCACUCUUCCAGACCUGCAGACGCUUAUCAAGGCUUCUAGAUGGUGGCAUCGAGCAUGGACGUAUCAAGAGAGCUUUUUCUCCACCCGACGUAUCGUUUUUACAGAGCAACAAGUCUACUAUGAGUGUCGAGCUGUCCCUGGAAGAUCUGCUCUCGUCUGA